AUGUCAUACGACUAUCACCGUCGUCAAUACGACCCUCCUCAGGCCGCGCAGCAGUUACAUCCUUACCAGCCGGUUCGACCACGAUGUGCAACCUGCUGGGACCCUCCGGGCAGCUGCGAUUCACCGGGUAUUCCCCCCUAUGAUCAGCCGCCACCCAGGUACAGACGUGAACCAUACGGUCCGCCGCAACCUCACCGAAUGGGGUCUGUCCAGACGCGCCGCCCCACUUGUUGGGAUCCACCCCGACAACGAACCGAUAACUGUUAUCCACCACCGUAUCGUGAUCCAGAUAUGGUCCCGGAUUCAUACGUCGAGCCGCGAAACUCCUACACCCGAAAUCGCCUGUGGCAGCCUCAAUAUCAACCUCGUCCAGCCACCAAAGCGGAGGACCCGAUUAACGCAAAGUUAGACCGCUUAUUGGAAGCAGGUGGCAAGAUAGAAACUUGGUUCGAUGCCACAAAUCGUCGGUUUAGCAAAUUCCGAACGUUACCGCAGCCCGAGCCCGAUCUUGAUCAGCCCAAUGUUUCUGGACCAAUCCGAAAGAUAGCAUAUCCUCCAUCAAGAAAUAAUGAGGCUUCUUUUGGGCCUUCGUGUUUAGUCCCCAAUGAAUCAACGGCUCCACCAUGCCACCGCACCAAAUCCGAUCAAACCCCAGCUCGUCAGCCUUCGUGUUGGGAACCCCCUCUAAUGGCCACCCCUGCUGUAGACCAGAUCCACCAACCCUACCAGCCGCCACUGCCGCUGCCGCGAUCAAAUCACCCGCCGCAGCCGAGUCCAGCACAGCCCUUGGAGCUGCCGCCCUACUCCACUCCAGGUCCUUUCCAGCCCUUGCAACCGCUACCGGAGACAGCUUCUAUGAUGCCAAGGUUAUCGAUCGCCGAGUAUCCUCGUUGA